AUGGACUUUAAGAGGAGAAACAAGAAGAAAAAGAGAUGCAGAGCCACAGAGGGCUUCGGCAGGAGGUUUGAAGAUGUUUACAGACUCCGGGAUGAGGUUUUGGGAGAAGGAGCGUAUGCGGUUGUGCAGACCUGCAUCAGCCUGAGCACGAGGAAGGAGUAUGCAGUGAAGAUUAUUGAGAAGAGGCCAGGACUAAGGCGCAGUCGUGUUUUUAGAGAGGUUGAGAUUCUCUAUCAGUGCCAAGGCCACAGAAACAUUCUGGAGCUGUUGGAGUUUUUUGAAGAAGAAGACAGAUUCUACUUGGUGUUCGAGAAGCUCGGAGGAGGUUCAGUUUUGACUCACAUUAACAGACGGCAGAGUUUUAGUGAACAGGAAGUCAGCGCUGUGGUGCACGACAUCGCCAGUGCUUUACACUUCCUGCACAGUAAAGGAAUGGCGCAUAGAGACCUGAAGCCUGAGAAUAUCCUCUGUGAGCGCAGUGACAGGAUGUAUCCUGUGAAAAUCUGUGACUUUGACCUGGGCAGUGGGAUGAAGCUGAACAAUGACAGUCACCUGAUCUCUAGUCCACAGCUCCUCACUCCAUGUGGAUCGGCGGAGUACAUGGCCCCCGAGGUGGUGGAGGCAUUUAAUGAGGAAAUAAGUGUUUACGAUAAACGCUGUGAUCUCUGGAGUCUCGGCGUUGUCCUCUACAUCCUGCUUAGUGGAUCUCCUCCGUUCACGGGUCACUGUGGGAGCGGGUGUGGCUGGGAUCAAGGGGAACCAUGUUACGACUGCCAGAGCAUGCUAUUUGAGAGCAUUCAGAAAGGACAGUAUGACUUUCCUGAUAAGGACUGGGCUUACAUCUCUGCUGAGGCCAAAGAUCUCGUUUCCAAACUGUUAAUGCGGGACGCUAAGCAGCGGCUGAGUGCGGAACAGGUCCUGCAGCACCCGUGGGUACAGGGGUGUGCUCAGUACACAGCACUCGCACUACAUUCAAGGCUGUCAAGUGUCCAGGACCUUACGUCCUUCACCGCUCAGGUGGUGGCCAUGAACCGUCACCUGGUUCAGCAGGAAGUGAUGGAGGAGAAGGGCAGGAACUCGUUUGGCAUCCAUCCCUCGGUGCUCCGCUCCGCAUCUCCAAGCUUGCUCUCUCUGUCUUGCCUUUCAGGGUCACGACUGGCACAGCGGCGCAGGGAGAAAAACCAACACCACCGCAGCCCUCUGCAUCUGGUCAUGACCAUGUCAGUGUGUUUAACACCUUGAAUAUCUGAGCAGAAUAGGAUGCAUUGUGGAAGGAUUCUGUGGAAGUUUAGCACUUUUAAAAAAGCACAAAAGCCUUGGACUUUACAGUAGGUGUGGACUUUGUAAGUGGAGGUGCAGAAGUGUGCAGUAAUGAUGCUUCCUUUUGAAAUGCUCUGAAGAUUCAGUGAGCCUCAACAGAAUGAUAAAUGUAUCAGAUAUUCUCCUGGUUUAAUUAGAACACUUUUUAUUUAUUUAUUCUUAGACGCUUUUAAUAUUUUACAUUUUCUUAAUAUUAAGAAAUCAAAAGUUAUUUGUUAAGAUCGGAUAUAAUAUUGGCAAAGUCUUUAUAUCCUUAUGAGUCAGGAUUUUUCAAAAGGGGAAGAAAGCCUAAAUACCUGGAAUAUUAGUAAAUCAAACAUCAAGUAUUUGUUUUUGGUGUUUUGCAUGCGCACUAAUCUUUAACUUUGGGUUGCAUGGAACUGAAACAUUUAUGUAUAUAUAUUUUUUCUUUCCAAUUUAUCAGCAGUAUUUUUGUCCGUAAAUGAGUUCGAUUUUUUUUUCUUACUUUUUGUCCUCCAUUAUAGUUACUUUAGUUAAUUUUUUUUUUUUUUUUUUUACAUCUAUUUCUCACCAAGAUUAUUUAAAAGGAUGGAAAAACUUUUCAGCAGAUGAAGAUGGCACUGAUGUUUUAUAUCCCGCCAUAGUUUUAACCAUCUCUGUACAUGGGCUUUGCAGUGUGUGCUGCAGUAUUAGAACUGCCAAGAUUCAGAUGUUUGCUUUUAAAUUUCCAUCCUGUGCUGCAGCGUUUAUAGUCUUUGCCAUUUUUUGUGCAUAUAUCAUAAUGAACUUGUUUAAAUUUGUGAAAGAUCACACAUGCCCUUUCUCUUUAU